UCACGACAAGAACAGAGCUUCUACAACAACAAAAAAAUGCCGAAAACUCGCAAAAGAAAGCACGUGGAGGCUGAGCAGAAGCCAAAAUCCGCAACCAAAUCAGCCAAAACCGCCAAUCCCUUCAAAUCGACGGCAAAGGACCCAUACCCGAAUCACCCCCGACCCACCGGAGAAGAAUGCUUGUCCGUACGCGACGACCUCUUGGCCUUCCACGGCUUCCCGGAAGAGUUCGCCGAGUACAGAAAGCAGAGACUGAUGGCUCUUGAAACCGACGGCGCCAUGAAUUCAGAGCCGUCAGAUCGGAAAGAGAGUGUUUUGGAUGGGUUGGUGAGGACGCUGCUGUCGCAGAACACCACGGAAGUCAAUUCCCAAAAGGCUUUUGCUUCUCUCAAAUCAGCUUUUCCGACUUGGGAAGAUGUUCUUGGUGCUGAUUCAAAUUCCAUAGAGAAUGCCAUACGAUGUGGAGGCCUAGCCAGGACUAAAACGUCGUGUAUUAAGAACAUGUUGAGGUGUUUACUGGAGAAGAAAGAAAAGUUGUGCUUGGAGUACUUGAGAGAGUUGUCAGUUGACGAAAUUAAGUCCGAGCUAUCUUGUUUCAAAGGAAUCGGUCCCAAGACGGUGGCUUGUGUUUUGAUGUUCCAGCUUCAGCAAGACGAUUUUCCGGUGGACACUCAUGUGUUCGAGAUUGCAAAGGCUAUUGGUUGGGUGCCAGCUGAAGCGGACAGGAAUAAGACGUAUCUUCAUCUCAACCAAUGGAUCCCGAACGAACUCAAAUUUGACCUCAACUGCCUUCUGUAUACUCACGGCAAGCUCUGCCGCAAAUGCAUCAAGAAAGGGGAUAGCCAGCAAGGAAAGGAAUCCCAUGAUAACUCCUGUCCUUUAUUACGUUACUGUCAGUAAAUUGUAAAAGUUGCAAUGUGUUGCCUUCUUCUAAGGACAAAAUGUUAAACUACGGGAAGGGGAAUUCAAAUACGGAAACUCGGGUGCAUGGGUGAAUGUUUUUAACCAACUAAGCUACAAGUCACUUGCGACAAAAUGUUUAAUUUAACCUCCCCUUGUAAUUUCUGAUUAAAAAAA